CAAAUGGUUCCUGUUGUCAUAAAUGGGAAGCGGGAGCGAGUUCCCGUUCGAAGUAUGUGAAAUGUUUACGUUGCUAGCGGUUAUUUUGUCGAUCUGCUUACUAAAAUUUGGAAACUGAUUUACAGGGCAGCUGAAGCUAAAUGGCUCUUUUUUCUUUCUCCAUAUCUUAACGACCUGCGACACGACUAAUUGUAUGAAUUGGCUAUUGUUGAGUUUGAGUAGACAAUAGACUUGUAAUUCGAUCGACUGUAACGUAAUUGUAAUUCGAUUGACACCAUUCGGUCCUACUUCUUUGGCAUAGUAUUGAUUGCAUGUCUUGAAUUUCAAAAUCGACUUUUAUCCCUAACGCACUGAUUUUAGAGCAUUUUUCUCCAUCAUAACCCUUCUCUGACGCCCCUCUUAGCUAUUACCGUGAUGAUGCAUGCCUGAUUAGUUUGGGCUCUGCGGUCGGGAUAAUCCGUCCUAGCUAUAACCUGGUAAAGUUUUUCAAACCCUCCGUAUUCUUUUGGUAAUUUUAGACAUCGCUGAGCGCAACGACCUUUUUAGCUAGGUCCACUUCGAAGCACCCUUGAAAAAUUGUGGCCUGUUGGCUCGUGCAAAAAAGUCACACAACAACUCAUCAAAUACUUGUUUUUCUACCAGCCUAAGUGUUUUAUUUAGAGGUUUUGUACUUUUAUGUACUUUGUUAUCGACGUUGAAGCAGCAAAACAAAGAUGAACAAGACGAGUCAGAUGGAAGCUGCCUCCAAGGCCAUGGAGGCCAUGGGAAUGAACAUUGACGAUAUGUUCCAGUACAUGCUGCAAAGAAAGAUGCAAGAAUUUGGAGCACAGGGUCCGCAGGACGGCUCCGCAGGCUCCGCCGGGUCCUCCAUGGGAACAGCGAUGUCUAAUAAUAUGCCUAUGGGAACGAUGGGAACAAUUAGUGAUCAUGCCGGUUCCGCCGCAUGCGCAUCGUCCGAUCAUCACAGUUAUGCAGCGUCGAGUGUGGCAGGAACGGGAGGACGUGCAGCGAGCAUGGCUUCAAUGGCAACGGGGUUAUCUGCGCCCCACAUGGGGCUAGCAGCGGCGGGCGCGGGUACCAAUGCUGCUCUCGCGGGGGCAGGAAUGCUCGGCAUGAAUGUCGGCUCCUUAGGCGGAGGAAACAUUCUGAACCCGGCAAUGAUGAAUAACGCGAUGAGCUUGGGCAUGCUUGGAAGCGCUGGAGCUGCAACCGGUUUUGAUAUGAGCGCUGGAAUGAUGGGACAAAUGCCAAACAUGAUGGCUGCCAGUUACUUGCAACAGCAUCAACAGCAUAUGUCCUCUCCUGUGCAACAUCCACAGGCGUCGCCUUCUUCUUCCUCGUCUUCAUCUCGAAAUGAGCGGCACUUCCAUCAGGGCGGCGUUUCUGAUGGCGACCUGCGCAAGUCCUCUAGUCCUUCAACACCGUGGUGGCAGCAAGGACAGCACUUCGACGCCGGCUCGUUCGGCGGCGACACCACCACAAAAGCUGCAACUUCAACAGAUUUCAACACUCCUGCAUUUGACCGACAGUCGAGCUGGGACGGUGGAAACGUGCGCCGACAGCAGGGAGGAGGCUUUCAUACCGGUGGACGGGCAAACCAAGACUCUUGGCGAGGAGCCGGGCAAACCUCAGGAAGUAACAAGUUUGGACCUCCAAUGAACGCAGGAGGAGCACUUGGUACGGUGAACACGACAGGUGGCGACCAAUCGGGACGUGGCAGUGAAUCAUCGCCUUCGCUCAGCUUUCAGCCUGGAAGUCGUCCGUUUUCGGCCUCUCACGAUAGUCUGAUGGGCUUCAUUGACGCAGCGACAGGAACUCAUGCGGAAGCAGCCACGUCUAAUAGUGGGAAGAGUGGGAAGCAGAGUGGGAAGUUCGGAAAAAAACAAGGCGGCUUUAAUGGUAGAGCAGCAGCGGGAACCUCCAAAAACGACGGCGGCAAGGAGGGCUCGAAGAAGGACAAUAAGGGCAAAGGAAAAGGUAAGGACGGAAAAGGCAAAGACGGGAAAGGCAAAAAUAACAAAGGAAAUAACAACAAGGGCAAUAGCAAGAGUGGACUUGUUAUCGACGCAGAACAACUUCUGAGUGCAGCUGCGCAGGGGCAGAACACCGGUGCCAGUGGUGAGGGGCUGCUGCGGAAUCACAAUGCGGCGGCGAUUAGAGAAGAGCGUCAAGCACGGAAAGGCGCAAAGCAAGCCCGGCGUGAGGAAGCGCAAGCGCGCAAGGGUGUGGAGCAGUCUGGAAGUACAACGUCUGGCGACCAAAAUAAGGGUGCAACGACAAAAGGCGCAGCGGGUAGUGGUCCGGCUGGAGUGGAAGUCUCCGCGAGUGGUGACUCGGCGACAGACUUUCUGUUGGCUUUCGCUAAUAACAUUGAGGACAUCUUAGGUCGUGGGGUUGUGCCAGCGAAGCUUAGACCGAAAAAUGAUGCUGCUGCUUUGCAACAAGGAAAGGGUGAAAAGCCCAAGUUGAAUGCUCCAGUCCGAAAAACUACGGAUUCCAGUACGACAGCGGUUAGAAAAACCAGUGACGCGAGCGACGUCGUUCCUCUGCCGCCACAGUCCGUCAAUAAUCCUUUUAUCGACUCAGAUCGCGCGAGCGAGGAACCAUCGCCGACAGAAGUCAACAGGAUGGACGAGCAAACUAAGCCGUCUGCUUCCGUUUCUGUUGGCGUCUCUAACGAGAUCGACGCGGCUUUGGAAAAAGGAGACGCUGCUGCCAUCUCUAACGAGAUCGACGCGACUUUGGAAAAAGGAGACGCUGCUGCCAUGUCUAACGACAUCGACGCGGCAUUGGAAAAAGGAGAUGCAGUUUUGCCGGAUGUCAGUGAGUGCGAACAUGAGCCGCUCGCGAAGCGCUUGCGAACAGCGUCAUCAGAAAACGCUGCUGAGCGACCAGAAAUGCAAAUCGAUUGUGCCCUGACGGAUGCCACCACUGAUGUGGCGACUCCGGCUUCGCGAGCCAGCGAAGGUCCGAGCACAGGCGAACAAACGACAAAAGCAGCCGCACGUGAAGGGCAAGGACAGGUUCAUGGUGAAGACCUCAAAACUUCUGCGGUUGUACCAUCUGUGAACAAGAUUGACGAUCCUAGCGAACCUGUGCCGCCUGUGAGCGUGGACAACUGCAGUGUCGUAGAGGAGUCAGCGUCGUUGGUGGAGAACAACGUUGAGUCGGCUGAGGCAGUGAUAGUAGGAUCGGAACACGAGGAUCAGAUAGCGGAGCCUGGUACUGCCAGCCCGUUGUGUGAGGAUGAUUUGCUGGUUCCAGAAAACGCGCUUUUGCAGCAGUCAAACGAGCGCCCGAAGCGUGUCGUUUUGCCAGGAUCUUCGUCCGACGAAGAGCUGCCGCAAGAAACAAAUGCGCCUGAGGUCAAAAGUAGCGAUGUCGGGAUCAAAAGUGAGGGUGUCGACACUUCGCCAGAGAAUGAAGCUGGAGUACACUUCACUGGUGUUGACGGAGAAGUAGCGACUGCGCUUCGUGUAGAAAUACACAAACAAGCUGCAGUUUCUCCGGUACUUCCAACAUCUCCUUCUGGCGCUGCGCUCGCGAAGGCAGCAGCACAACAACUUGGCACAUCCACGUCUUCGAAGUCUAAUCCACCUGUGGCCGUAAAAACAGCAGUAGUUCAUCAGGUGAAGGCACAAUCAUCCUAUUUGGAAACAGCGAAGAUGGAAGGUUUGGUGGUCAAGGACACAACCGCUAGUAAGCGUUCUGCGCCGCCUCCGCCACCCUCAGCCUCCGUUCUCGGCGCGUCUGCUGCGUCGCCGCCACAAGGCGCGGCACCUCCAAGUUCUUGUCCGACUUUGUCUACGACCGGCCCCUCAGACUACUCGGGAGGCAAAUUGGGACAACCUGCUACGCAACCGGCCUUCGGCAAAAUCCCAAAUAUGAAUAUGAAGGGAAACGCAGCGGGGGCACCUUGUGGACUUGAUCCUCAGGGUGCAUUCGUGGGUAAAAAAGGAAACAAGAAAGGCCAGUUCGGAGGCAUGAAGGGAGCGCUCGACGGAGGCAAAGGCGGCAAGCCGCGUGGUCAAUUUUAUUGCCGAUACUGUGACUACGACUGCGGAAGCAACGAGGCGAAAUGGCGGCAACAUUGCAAAGAACGGCAUACGCAGUGCAUCGAAUGUGGAGAAAGUCUGCCUGAGAACUUUAUGGAAGCACACAUGCUCACGCACGUAGUGGAUGCCGAAGAGAAUGAUGACGAGCUUCAAAAGUGGAUCGCUUCAAGAAAAGCACGCUUUCCUACGCGUAAACGCAUUCAAGAAAAAACUGAUGGCACUGUGGAUGAAUCUAAGCUGCCACCAAUGAGUAAUUUAAAAAAAUCUUUUGAAUGAACUUUUCUCUUGUAGCUGUACCUUCCUUCACAAUAGCUUCUAAAGGAAUUCUCGAAUGGGUAUUCGUUUUGGACAACUGUGAUUGUGGGUCUACGAUCGCUGAGGAUGGUUGUAUCUACUACCACGUUAAACUCCAACAGGUAAAAUUGAGGAAGCUCUGCGUGACAAGAUGGAUCCUAACAAAGGAAAGAGUCUGCGGCCGCAAGAUGAGGAUGAGUCUGUUGAGCUUUGCUUGCAAUACGAGUAUUUUCACCGCCGAUGCAUGCGCGGAAGACGUUGUCCGUGGCGUCAUAAGAAGCGUCUGCCAUGGUGGAUGCUGCAAGAAGACGGAGCGGAGGCAGGAGAAAACGCUAUGUUGUGCGAAGAAAUUGUUGAACCUGCUGUAGCUGAGUCGAGUAGUUCCGGACAGAUUACGGGAGGCGCAGGUGAUACAACGACAUCGACAAGGGGCGAGGCAGGUUCUAAGACCUCUGACCCGGCAAAAAAGGAAGAAGGCGCAACUGCGGCGGUCCAGCUGGAGGAUGACAAGGACAAACCUUUGUCGUUUGAGCGCAACGUUUGCCACAGCAUGAUUCAUAAGAAGAAAUGCAUGAAAGGCGACGCGUGCCCUUAUAUUCAUACCCCGGCAAUCGUGUACGCUGAGCGGGCGAAAUGGAGGGCCAUCGCGAAGCAGGACAAAGAAUGGGAGAAGAGGAGGCUGGAGAUGGCGAAUGUCCGAGAUCAAAAAUUCAACGGUCUUUUCGGUAUGCUCUGUGGCGAACAACAGCCAGCCUCUGCGAAGCGCCCUGCUAGUACAAAAGAGGAGCGCGCUGCCAAGAAGAUGCGCGUGCUUUCCACUACGCGGUCCUCUGUAAACACGAGCGAAGGAGACACUGAAGCAAAUGCUGUUGAGGCUUCUGACUAUGAAGAGGAGGAGCAAGUGCCGGACGCGAUGCGUGAGAUUUUGCGAAAGGCAGCCCUUAUUGAGGACGUAACCGAGAGUUACGGCUUACCCGAUCCGGUACGCGGCGUUCGUUCUGCUUGUGACAUCAACCUGAAACGACGAAAUUUUCUCCAAGCUUUCGCAACAACGAAGCCCUAUGUCGCGAAUGAUGCUGGACAAAUAGCUGCUGCGGACUCAGAAGCUAAGAAUUCCAGUACAAUUCCGUCUAAUGGUGGUGCUAAAGCAGAGUUUUUGCCUCCGCCAAAACGGAAAGAUCUAGACGACGCGCGCAGAGUGCUAGAGUUUUUCAAAAGUGGAAAGCGUGUAGAGGACGGGGACCAAUGUGGAAAUCAAGAUCUGUUGGAUAUUCUCCAUAACGAGGAGGAUGAAGACGAAGAAUGGUCGGAUUAAAGGACUUGUGGUCUUGGUAGUCAUCACUCGUGAUAUUUUCAGUUCACCUAGGUCUACAACCUAGGUCUUACUAGUCAUUAUCUAGAUGUACAACCUUCGAAUUUUCGUAGAGGCGAAGAAUCACUUUCCCAACUUUGAUUUCUCCUAGCACGAUUAAAUUGGUGUUACCUUUGCCGCUGUGGCUUGUUGGCCUCUGAACGGCUACGCAAUAGCUCGUUCGUGCGUUCGCUCAAUGCGCUUGAAGCUGAACAACUAAUGAAUUCCCUCAGACGUGACUGAUGACAGCGUCUUGUCGUCUGUGAACUGCAGAAUUUACGUCAAAUUGCAGAACUAAUCUUAGAUGGUUAUCCCGAAACCCAAAUUUGAAAUGACCCGAUGAUACGCGAUAUUUGUUUUAUCUGUGAAUCAGUCUUCAUUGAU